AUGAAGAACACUGACGCGGUCAAUCUUUUCCUUUUCCUCGCAACCACCACUUUGUUCGCUCUUACGGCUUGUUGUCCUAACUCCCACGGCACCAACCCCACCACCAACAUCUGUCUCCCGCAACAAUCAUCCUUCGAUGACCCUGACCAGAACAUAUAUAUGUUAGGCAACUACCUCCGCGCUGCAGCGGUACACCUCCAAUCCCCGCUUCGUUCUCCGACAGCUAUAUCUCGCGCUAUGUCUUCCUCGGCAGACUCGCCGUCAAAAACCCAGUCCCCAGAAACACCAAACCAGUCCUCGUCGACAGCAAGGCUCGCCCUCCCCGACGUAUCGUCGUCUGACAAUAGCAAUGCAGGCACAAGACUGGAUGUUGGCGGACAAGGCACCACGGUUUCACUCGACCAUCUCGGCCCGAUUGUGGUCAAUCAAGAUGGCACAAUGAGCCGCAUAUCGAAUUGGGAUCAGAUGACGGAAAGCGAACAGAAGAAUACGCUUCGGGUGCUUGGGAGGCGCAAUAAACAGCGGCUGGAGGCAUUGAAGGCUGCUGGUGUGCAGCUGGGGGAGGGUUCUGCGUGA